UAUUUAAACUUUGUGAACAAAACAAGACUUCAAUGUUCUUUCUUAAAGUUAUUCUUCUGUUUCUCACUUUCCUCUCCCUUUUUCUUUCCCAUCCUCCCUCUCUUUCCUCCCUCCAUUCACCCUCUCUUCUCUCUCCAGCCUAUAUAAAACGUGUGAUUGCCCACCCAUCCUUCCACAACAUCAACUUCAAGCAGGCUGAGAAGAUGAUGGAGUCCAUGGACCAGGGAGAUGUUGUUAUCAGGCCAAGCAGCAAGGGAGAGAACCACCUUACUGUCACCUGGAAGGUAGCUGACGGCAUCUACCAGCACGUUGACGUGAGAGAGGAGGGCAAGGAGAACGCCUUCAGCCUGGGACACACACUCUGGAUCAACACUGAGGAGUUUUGAGGAUCUUGAUGAGAUCACAGCUCGUUAUAUUCAGCCAAUGGCAGCGUUCGCUCGUGACCUGCUGGGACACAAGUACUUCCAGGACUGUAACGGAGGGGACAGGAAGAAAAUGGAGGAGUUGUUGAUCAGGUCUAAGAAGGAGAAGCCUACGUUCAUCCCCUACUUUGUCUCAGCCUGUAAAGACCUGCCAGGGAAGUUCAUACUGGGAUACCAGCCUCGUGGCAAACCACGUGUUGAGUAUGUGACCAUCUCUCCUGACGGCUUCCGGUACCGCUCCCAGAUGUUCCCCACCGUUAACGGACUCUUCCGCUGGUUCAAAGACCACUUCCAGGAACCGGUACCAGGCAUCACCCCCAGCAGUAGCAGUCGAACACGGACACCUGCCUCUGUCAACGCUACACCAGCUAACAUCAACAUCGCAGACCUGACGCGAGCGGUCAGCGCUCUCCCACGCAACAUGACCUCUCAGAUGUUCAGUGCCAUCGCCGCGGUGACGGGGCAGGGGCAGGGCCAGAACGCCAACACUACGCCUGCCCAGUGGAACUCCAGCCAAUACGGUUACACCGGGGGCAGCAGUGGGGGCGGGGGAGGCAGCUCCUCAGCCUAUCACGUGUUUGCGACGCCCCAACAGCCGAUGACGACACCCAUGAUGACCCCCAGCUACUCAUACACCACCCCCAGCCAGCAGACCAUGGGUACCCCGCAGUACCCCUCCUCCACCCCCCAGUCCUCCCACGGACACACACAGAGCAGCCACCAGGGCCACAGCAGCCACCAGGGCCACAGCAGUCACCAGGGACCCUCGUCCUCCUCCAGAGGACGCACUCCGCAGCAGCAGCCUAAGUCAAGCGACAGCACGGCGGUGGACUGGGGCAAGGUGGCAGAGCAGUGGCUCCAGGAGAAAGAGGCAGAGAGGAAGAAGCAGAAGACCCCCAGGAUGACCCCGCGACCUUCCCCCAGCCCCAUGAUCCAGAGCACGCCUAUGUCAAUCGCUGGAGACGCCACGCCCCUUCUGGACGAGAUGGACCGAUAGGAGAGGCCGGGGGGGGCGACUGUAUACCCCCCUCCCCAAAUAUUCCCCCCCUUACUCUCAACUCAUCCGCCUGCCUGUCCCCUCAGACCCGUCCCAUACCAUUCAGAUCCCCCUCUUCUCCCUCUCCUCCCAGCCUACUAAACUAACCCUGCUCCCCCUCUUCUCCCUCUCCUCCCAGCCUAC